CUGUACUCCAAGGUGGUCAAGAAUUCCUGGAAUCCAGUCUCCGAAAGGGCCAGAAAUACAGCAGAGCGGACUCUCUCCUCAUCUUCUUCCUGAGCUCCAUGAUAAUCCCCUCCUCCAACCUCUUUUGUGGGCUUUGAAUCCUGGUUGAAUUAAAAAUCUAACAUCAGAAUGCUUCCAACUGAUGCGAUUUGGGGGGGGUUCUUCCUAUUGCACAUUUGUAUUGGGUACAUGGGGAACUCGCUGCUCCUGGGGUUUUAUGUGUACACCUUUUUAACUCAGUCUCACCUGAAAAAGCCCAUUGACAGGAUCCUCCUCCACCUGACCUUGGUCAAUAUCUUGACCAUCACGUUCCGGUUAAUACCAGACGCGGUGUCAUCCUUCGGAGCGAGACAUUUCCUGAACGAUGCUGGUUGUAAGGCCAUGAUGUUCAUGUACAGAGUAACCCGGGGUCUUUCCAUCUGUACCACCGCCCUCCUGAGCGCCUUCCAAGCUGUCACCAUCAGUCCUGGGAAUUCUAAGUGGGCGUGGCUGAAAUCGAUAAGCUCUGGGUGCAUCUACCCCGCCCUCCUUUUCUUCUGGGGCAUCAACCUGCUCAUCUACAUCCACAUCAUCCUGGCGACGGAAGCCAAUCCCAACAACACAGUUGCCGGGUCCAUGUACUCAUCCCUCUACUGCCGGACGUCGCGGUCCACAGGCAAUUCCCAGACGUUUUUGAGCGCCAUGGUGAUUCGAGACCUCCUCUUUGUGGUCCCCAUGAUGGGGUUCAGCCUCUACAUGGUGAAUCUCAUCUACAGACACCGCCAGAGGGUCCGGCACAUGCACAGCUCUAGGCUCUACUCUCAAACGCCUCCUGAAAUCAAAGCCACCCACACUAUUGUUUUGCUGGUAAGUUGCUUUGUUUUCUUUUAUUGUGCAAACAACUUCAGUACCUUUUAUGUGUUUUAUAGACUCCAAAAAAACCCAGGACUGGAGAGAAUUACUGGCACCCUUGCAUCCUGCUACCCAACCAUCUGCCCUUUUGUGCUAAUGAAAAAUAAUAAGAUCAUGUCCAAAUUUACUUCUUCCCUUUCACAGAUGAGAAUUACUUUUUCUGGAAGAGCUUUCAGUAGAUGA